AUGGUUGAUCCUCAAACACCAAUCCCACCUCACCUAUACCCACAAGCAAUUCAACUCAAACUCUAUCAAGCCUUCAUCUUCUCCAUCCCCAUCUUAUUCUCCAUCAUUCUCUUCCUCUUGUUCUAUCUUUUUUACCUUAAGAGAAGAGCAUCUGCUCUCUCCUCUCCUCCUCCAAUGAUUCUUCCUGUUUCCUCGACCCACCAGCCUUCUUCUCAUCUCACCUCGGUUUGUUUGUUAGAUGUGAAAAUAGAGCUCAAAGACAAGCUCCAUGUCGUUUUGUUCAAUGAAGAGCUAGAAACAAGAGAUUCUCUAUGUUGCGUAUGUUUGGGAGAAUUUGAAUUGAAGGAAGAGUUGGUGGAAAUGCCUUCAUGCAAACAUAUAUUUCAUCUUGAUUGUAUUCACCUUUGGCUCUAUUCUCACACCACUUGCCCUCUCUGUCGCUCCUCUGUCUUCAUCUCCUCGACCAAAACUUCUGUGGACGACAACGACCAUCCAGACUCUUCUCAAACUUCACCGGUUUGA